AUGGGUAAACUUAGGAGAGCUGCUGUGCUCCCAACAAACAUUAUUUUGUUACAAAAUGUUGUGAAAAAAGAUCCAGAAUCUUACCAUGAAGAAUUUUUACAACAAUAUUCGCAUUAUGAAUCGCUUCGAGAUUUAUAUUUGGAAAACCCCACUGGAACAGACUCCAACUCCACAACAGAGUUUAUUGAGCUUAUUGGAUUUCUUUCGGCAGUAUGUAGCUGUUAUCUGAAAGAGACUGCCAAUUUUCCUGAAGAGUUGAAAACUAUAUUACUUGCUAAUCAUCGAAACCUUGCACCAGAGUUACGUGAAAAGAUCAUUCAAUGUUUGACAAUGUUGAGAAAUAAAGAUAUAAUCACGGCUGAAAGUUUGAUCCAAACGAUUUUUCCGUUGUUGACCGCAUAUGCUACAGGUGCAAGUCAUGCUGGAUUGCAUGUAAAGCAAAUGAGGCGUCAAAUUUACUCUACAUUAAUUUCGCUUUUGAAAUCUGUUAAUACUGGUACAAAAAACCAGCGAUUAAAUAAAUCUACCCAAGCAUUGUUGUUUAACUUAUUGGAGCAAAAAGAUACUCAAGGUUUAUGGGCAACAAAAGUCACUAGAGAGUUAUGGAGAAGGGGUAUUUGGGAUGAUUCACGAACAGUUGAAAUCAUGACUCAAGCUGCCUUGCACCCAGAUGCCAAAGUUGCUAUUGCUGGUGCCAAGUUCUUUUUGGGUGCAGAUAAGGAAAGAGAAGAGAAUUUUGAAGAUGAUUCGAGUGAUGAAGAUGGGUUUGAUAUGAGUGCGUUGAAGCACAAGAUGGAAGUGAAUAAGAAAUCAUCAAGGAGAGGAAAAAAAUUGGAACAAGCGGUGAAACAAAUGAAGAAGAAGCUGAGUGCCAAGCAUUCAGCAACGUAUUUGAAUUUCUCAGCUAUCCAUUUGCUAAGAGACCCACAAGGCUUUGCUGAACAAUUAUUUGAUAACCAUUUGAGCUCCAAGAAUAGCAACAAGUUUGAUCUUGAUCAGAAAAUCAUGUUUAUGAAUCUUAUUUCGAGGUUGAUCGGUACCCACAAAUUGAUUGUUUUGGGUAUUUACACGUUUUUCUUGAAAUACCUUACACCAAAACAAAGAAACGUUACUCAAAUUAUGGCUGCAGCUGCACAAGCCUCGCACGAUUUGGUGCCACCAGAAAACAUUGAGAUUGUUGUGAGAAAGAUUGCCAAUGAGUUUGUUAGUGAUGGUGUUGCUGCAGAAGUUGCUUCCGCUGGUAUAAAUACUAUACGUGAAAUCUUGGCACGUGCUCCGUUAGCCAUUGAUGCUCCAUUGCUUCAGGAUUUGACUGAAUAUAAAGGAUCCAAGUCUAAAGCAGUAAUGAUGGCUGCAAGGUCAUUGAUCUCGUUAUACAGAGAAAUUGCUCCGGAGAUGUUGCUCAGAAAAGAUCGUGGAAAGACUGCAAGUAUGGAACUUCAAAAGGGAGACAAGAGUAAACCUAGAGGUCCUCAAUAUGGUGUUGAACAAAGUGUUACUGGAAUUCCAGGAUUGGAGUUGUUGGCAAAAUGGAAGGAAGAGCAAGGGAUCAAUGGAGACGAAGAUGAAAACGAUGAUGCCAACUGGGAAGUUGACGAUGAGGAUGGAGGUGAUGGAAGCGAUGUAGAAGGUGACUGGGUAACUGUUGAAUCGGAUAAAGAAAUUGAAAUCUCAGACAGUGAGGAUGAAAAAGAAGCGGAUGGAAAGGAUGAGGAUUCAGAGUUGGAGUUGUCUUCUGAUGAGGAGGAGGAGGAGGAGAAGGGAGAGGAUAGUGACGACAACGAAAGGCCAAGAAAGAAGCAAAAACUUCAAGAACCAGUUCAGGCUGCAAAAUCUGCUCAAGAUGCCAUGAACGAAUUGCUUUCCAAUAGGAUCUUGACUCCUGCUGAUUUUGCCAAGUUGGAAGAGUUGCGGACCGAGGCAGGUGUAUCAAAAUUGAUGGGUAUUUCCAACGAGGAUGCAGUGGACUCUACUUCGUUGGUUGGAAAAGUCAAGUAUAAGCAAUUGAGAGAAGAGAGAAUUGCGCAAGCUAAGGAAGGUAAGGAAGAUCGUGAGAAGUUUGGUUCUAGAAAGGGUAAACGUGAUGCACCACAUUCCACUACAAACAAGGAGAAGGCGAGAAAGAAGAAUUUCGUCAUGAUGAUUCACAAAAAGGCAGUGCAAGGAAAGCAAAAAUUGUCACUACGUGAUAGACAAAAGGUGCUUCGUGCACAUAUAGACAAACAGAAAAAGAAAGGAAAGUAA